AUGGAAGACUCACAAAUUCCUAGUUGGUGUUCUGAUGAAGGGUUUUCAUUCAACGAUGAAGGAAAAAGUAGUGAUGUUGGUGGAUUACUGUCAUCAUCGACAUCCAGCAUCGCAGAGUCAAUUGGUGAGGAUGAAGCGGGUGAAGGUGUUGGUAUUAAUAGUAUGGGUGAUGCUGCAAAUAUUUUGUGGGAUUCUAUCAACGAGACCGAGUUGACGAAGUAUCAUUUUCUAAAUCGGGACGUAGCCUAUGAGUUCUACAACUUCUAUGCUAGAGUGAAGGGUUUCUCAAUAAGAAAAAGCAAGAUUUUGAGAAACAUUAAAGGUGUAAUUAUCAGGCAAGAUUUUGUGUGUCACAAGGAAGGUUUUCGCGAAGGGAAAAACAAAAACAGGGAAAAUCGUAAGCGUGAAACUAAAGUAGAGACAAGGUGUGGAUGUAGUGCAAGAAUGAGGGUACGAUUGCUUGCUGAUGGUGGCAGGUGGAUUGUGGCAGUAUUUUGGGAUGCCCAUAAUCAUGCGCUGUUAGAGGGACAUCAAUCUUCAAUGUUGCCAGCACAUCGUAAGAUAAAUGAAGGCGAUAUAGUGGGAAUGAAUAGUAUGCGAAAAGCUGGAAUUAGCACCACAGAAAUCUACAAUCUGAUUGCUGACCAAUCUGGUGGAUUUGAUAAAACCAAUUUUUUGAAGGUAGACAUUUUAAAUCAAAUGACAAAGCAGAAACAGAAGGAGCAUUGUGAUGCGAAAGCUGUUAUGGUGUAUUUGAAGGGACUUGGUUCCGGUGAUCCCGGGAUGUAUUGGUCACACGAGGUUGAUGAACAGGGGAAUUUAAAACAAUUGUUUUGGGCUGAUGAGAUUAGCAGAAUGGAUUUCCAGGUGUUUGGUGAAGUUCUUGCAUUUGAUGCAACAUACCGGAAGAAUAAAUACAGUUGUCCUAUUGUUGUUUUAUUGGGAGUGAACCAUCAUUGUCAAACAAUUGUGUUUGGGACAGCAGUUUUAACAAAUGAGAAGGAGGAAAGUUAUGUCUGGGUCCUUGAGCAAUUCUUGGCAGCAAUGAAGGGUAAAGUGCCUACUGCAGUCAUCACUGAUGGUGCCCCUGCAAUGCGGAAUGCCAUUACUCGAAUAUUUCCUGAAGCUCAUCAUCGUUUGUGUGCAUGGCAUCUUUUAUAA